CAGACGAUUUAAGUGUCAUGUUACGAGCACGUUCUUCUUUCUCAAAUCUCUCAAAAUCAACAAACACAAUCAAUUGAAAAAUUAGUUUAAAUUGUUAAAUUUCGCAUUUCUGAUCGAGUUUUGGCCAUCAAACUUUAUACUCCCCUGCCCCCCCACCAUUCAACAUCUUUAGCUCAAGAGCAAGUAAUUACACAUUAGAAAAUGGAGGAGUAUUCGCGUGAACCUUGCCCCUAUCGCAUUGUCGAUGACUCGGGCGGGGCAUUCGCUAUGGGCUGUAUUGGCGGAGGCAUCUUUCAGGCGAUCAAGGGCUUCAGAAAUGCACCGCAAGGACUGAGUCGACGCCUCGUUGGGAGCUUGGCGGCUGUGAAGUCGCGAUCGCCGGUGAUCGCCGGCAAUUUUGCUGCUUGGGGCGGCAUGUUUAGCACCAUCGACUGCACGCUGGUGCAUUUCCGUAAGAAGGAGGAUCCAUGGAACUCGAUUAUCAGCGGUGCAGCCACUGGUGGCAUUCUGGCAGCACGCAACGGGCUCGCCUCGAUGGCUGGCAGUGCCAUCAUUGGUGGCAUAUUGCUCUCCCUCAUCGAGGGUGUUGGCAUUCUGCUCACCCGCAUCUCGGCCGAACAGUUUCGGAAUCCCGGGCCACCAACGGAUCCACAUGAUGCCAAUAUCAAUAUGAUGGAUACGGACUCGUCAGCCAGUGCCUUUGGCUUUACAACACGAACUCCCAAUGUUAACACCUAAAUUUGGCUAAAUUUAUUCCUAGUUUUCUUCGCUCUCAGCAAUCUAGUCAAUGGUGUAGUAAUAAUAUAUCGCUCUGGUCAAGUUUAA